CGGGAUCUACGCAACAACCGAAACAAAGCAACCGACAACAGAUGGGCGGAAACUAUCAACCGCAUGGACAACCUAUCCCAUUCGGGCUUCGCAGCCGCUGGCGGCUCUCCGGUGGAGCACAUGAGCGGCGGAUACAAGCGCCCAUUGCCGGCGGCGGCGGAUGGCGGCGAUGGCGGCGGCCUCGCCUCUCAGCUCGCCGCAGUCCGACAGCAGGCGGCCCUCAUCAUCGAGGAGGCUGACAAAAUCGACAGAGAGAUCAGCGACAGGGUCACAGCGAUGGGCGGCACUGCAGACGUCACGCAGCUGCCGGCAGAUAGGAUGGACGACAAGAUCGACAUCAAUGUGAGCGGGGAGCUUCUUCGCGGUGUGAAGCGGUCGGCCCUCUGUGCGGUCAAGGGCACCGUGAUGGCCACCCUGUUCGACGGCCGCUUCGACAGGGCCGUGCUGCGCGACUCGGAGGGUCGCAUAUUCCUUCCCGUGUACCCUCCUGUGUUCAGCACGUAAGCAAAGAGGAGGAGAGCGACGGGAUGCGUCACUGACCCAUGUGUUCUGCCGCUGUGUGUGGACGUGGUUUGGUGUGGUUUAGGAUGGUAGAGCAGUUGCAGGGCUACGAGCGUGGAGAGAUCGAUGCCAUCACCCUACACGAGUCCAACCAAAGUGACCUGGCGUACAGGUGAGGCAGGCAGACGCAGUGCCGAGCCAAGAUGGGCACUGUUUGUCGAAGUGUGCGGCGAUUUAUGUGCGUCAGCUACUGGUUUGGGCGGCUGAUGCACAACCCCUUGACCAAGCGGCCCAGGGCCGGCGGCGCGGGGGACGGUGACAUGAUGGACGACAUCGGUGACGAUAGCGGUGCCGGUGGCGGUGUGGUGGGUAUGGGGAAGAACCUGCUGGGGGAGUUGGAGGGAAUAGAUCACGAGAAGGCGGCCGAGAUGGCCCGCCUGGACGCCAUCGAGCCCAUGCUCAAGACGGGCGACGUAGAGGAUGAUCAGGUGGGUACAGACACGAGAGAGGUUAAAUGCCAUGGUGCAUCGGUGCAUCCUUCCGCCGUCGUGUGGUGGCGUGUUGUUUCAGUUGUUGUCGAUUGUCCAGCAGACCCGCGGCGUUACGGUGACUAUGACGCAGGCGGCGGCCAAGUCGCUGCCGGACGGCGAAAACAGCACACUCUACGGACGAUUCACCAAGUAGGCGCAAACACCGAUGGGGCGGUGUGGCCAUCCAUCCAUCCAUCUGUGGUGUCACUCAGGUAUGAUCCGUCGACUCAGUGUGGGCUGGACGAUGCGCGUCGUGUGGUCGACAUCGUGGUGCGGGCCCACCAGCAGCGGAGGGGCAUCACGGCGGCUGACGUCCGGAAGGCCAUGGGCAACACCAACCCGAAGCUGUUCCGCUGGGCCCUCGACGUGUUCGGCAUCGACGCCGAUGCUUUCCUCGGGCUGGCUGGCAUACAGCACCUGCAGAACAUCAAGCAGUGGGCGGCGCAGAUCCGCAGCUUCCCUGCCUUCCCUGACAUCCCCUUAGACGUUGGCGGGUCUGUCCUGCGCCUGUACAAGUGAGCUGACACGUUAUGGCAUCCCCCCUGUGGCACGCUAUCCUUUCUCCUUCUCUAUGUGUGUGUGUGUGUCUCAGGGCGAGCGUAGAUGGAUGGCGUUUCGGAGAUCUGCUGGAUUCGGUCGAGGCCCACGAGUACGAGCUGCUGCUGCUGAUCCUCCGCGCGAAGCGCACCGGCGAGCUGCUCGCGAGCGUCGUCAAUGGCAAGAUCGCCGUGACGGGGCCGGAGAAGAAGAUCUACUCUUACGGUGCCCCGCAUGCCUUCAACUUCAAGCUGACAGGCACUGCCGCACACCCACACGAAGGCUACAUCGGAGACAGCGGCAUCCACCUGGCUGGGCUGCAGGAGAAGCUGAAGAUGGCCGACCUGGCCAACACUGCCGGGCCCGGCCUGCCGUGCGUCCUUUGCACGGGCCGCUUCGACAUCGGCAUCAUGGCAGCCGGCGCGCAGGUCCCAGCAGCACCGGCGGACGUGCCGCUCAAGAGGUGCCAGGCAUCUGUGCAUAAGAGCGAUGACCGCUGGGGGGAGUGGGAGAGGCAGGAGGCUAGGCGGUUUCUGCCUGUGUCUGAGCUGGGUUUCCAGUUCGAGCUAGAUGAGAUGGAGGUGUUAAAGCUGAGCUGAGAGAAGGAGGG